CAGGGGGAUAACUCAUAUGUUCCGGAGAAACAACAACAACAACAACAUUUACGAUAUACGUAUUGCGUGAGACGACUUUGUUUUCCCCGGUAGUUUUUCAGGCAUCAGUUAGGUGCAGUAAAACUCUAAAAUACUUACAUGAUGAAUGAUGACAGAGAUGAUGAUGGUGACAGAGGUUUCCCAUUUUUCGGAGGGUUCAGUGGGUUUGACAAAUAUUUCCAGGACAUGUCACGACAUAUGGAGGAAAUGUCCAGGCAAAUGGAAGAUAUGUUCAAAGAGGGCGGAAAUAUAAACAUAGGAUUCCACCCACCCAGCAUGACGGGAAGUUCCCCUCCAUUAAAUGAGGAUCCACGAGAUCAGAUGUUGAAAGGAAAUGACAGUGCUGAUGAAAGGAAGAAUUUUACCCAGGAGUCCUCACCAAACUCCCAGUCAGAGAUUCGACCAUUUUGGUCCACAAACACUCCGGACAACCGACUGUCUGUCUUCUCUAACAGUGACUCAUUUGUGACCGGUAGAAUGAAGAGCAUUCAGACUAUUCGUCAUGGAGACGGCUCAGUGGAGAGGAUAGAGAAAACUACAGAGAAUGGGCGUACUUGUACAACUGUCACCAAGACAGAUCCUAAUGGUGUUUCUACUACAACAACAACUUGUGAUAGACCUGCUAUAGAUGGUGCCCCAAGUCUUACCACCCCUGACAAACCUAGUUCCUCAAAACCAAUCUCUCCGGUGACAGAUCCAGGUGCUAUUACAGUUGUACCCAGUGUGAAUACUGAACUUACAAAAGAAGAUGCUGGUUUUUUCAGCAAAUUGUUUGGAAACUUUGGGUUUAAACCAAAAAGUUAAAAUUGCACACUUGUGACCUGAACUUGAUUGUAAAUCUGGAAUUUUGUCUUUCAUAAAAGGUUUAUUGACUAUUGAAUGGUGCAGAAAAGUGUUUAUGACUGUUUUAAAAAUAAAUGUUAUUAUUAUA